CGGCGGAUUUCUUCCAGUAAUUCUGUGUGACAUCAGUUUCGGUACAUACAACUUGUUCAAUAUGCUGAAAUUCGUCGGUUUCCUCGCUUUCGUGUCAGUGUCUUAUGCAGCCGUAGCAAUAUUCCCACCUGAGGAAAAACCAGUAGACUUAGCUGACCAAGAAGGAUGUUAUAUUUCCAAGUUAAACCAAGUGCUGCCAUACGAUGUUAACUUUUAUCCAAAUACUGAUUGCGCAGUGUACAUUUGCCAGAGCUCCAAUAAUCAAACACUGUAUGAAACUUGUGGAGUAACAGCUAUCCGCGAUGGCUGCAGAAAAAGCGCCAUAGACAACAGCAAACAAUACCCCGAUUGUUGUUACAAAGAAGUUUGCGAUGGCCCCACCGCCCUACCUACCAAGGCGCCCAAGGCGGUAGCCUCCGCCUCCGCCUCUGCCCCCGCCUCCGCCUCUGCCUCCGCCUCUGCCUCCGCCUCCGCCACCGCCUCGGCAGCGGCGGCUGCUUAA